AUGAAGCUGUGUUUUGUAACGGUGGGAGCCACGGCUUCCUUCGAGUCACUCCUCCAAUCUGUUUUCAACGAGACAUUCCUGAGCGCAUUGAAGCAACACGGGUACACACAUUUACUCGUUCAGUACGGCAAAGAUGGCCAAGCCAUCUGCGAGAAUUUCACCAAGAAAAACCCGGAAGGAAGUGUGGCUCGUCAUGGGAUUGAUAUUACCGGAUUAGACUUUAACCAGGCGGGACUUGGUGCAGAGAUGCGUCUGGCUCAGGCGAAUGCUGAACUCGAUCAGGAGGGCGGGAUGAUCAUCAGUCAUGCAGGGUCAGGAACUAUCCUCGAAGCAAUGCGCCUGGGUAUUCCACUCGUGGUCGUCCCAAAUCCUUCGCUCAAGGAUAACCAUCAGAAAGAACUGGCGAAUGAGCUACAAAAGCAAGGCUAUGUGAUAGCCAGCAAUGUCAAUGAGGUAUCCGAAGCUGUGAGCGAAGCAGAAGCCCUGCGUUCUCACAUGUUGAGAUGGCCGCCGGUUCGCGGACGAAACCAACGACAACCGACGCUAGAACAGGUUAUGUCUGAUGAGCUUGGGUUUGUGGAUUGA